UGCUUCCAAGCUAAAUGGGUUGUCUAAGGUUGUCAAAUUUAGUGGAAUUUCUAUAUGUACUCUUUGCAAUUGCCGUGUGAAAAUUAUUUGUCGGAAGAAAUUGUGAUUAAAGUAGAAAAUUAAUUUUCUGCGUCGUCAACGAGCAGAAAAUUUGAAAGAUUAACUAAUAGUACGAAUAAGAGUGCAGCCGCCGUUAGCGACGCAGCACCCGCAAUCGUAUGCCAGUGAGAAAGAUGGGAAGCAGGUGUCCAAGAAUAAGUAGAUAAGCAACGUCUGGAAGCAAAAUUUUUGCUUAACGACGCAGACAAAGGAAAGGCAACAAUAAUAACAUAAGCAACUACACCCGUGAAGGAAAAUAUCACUCGCCAAGUAGACAGCCGACAGCAGAGCUGUGACGACGACGACAACGGCGACGACGUCGACUUACAAAUAACAACAAGAACAACACCUACAAUAGCAGCAGUUUAGCAAAGACAACCUGCCUGCAAAAGGCAUACAUGCAAAACAGCAAAAAAUACACAAAAAUGCUCAUAUUGCAAAGCUAAAUACCACUUUGCCACUUUUUGCAUUAUUUAAAACUUUCGUACGUCGUUUUUUAAUACUUCCUGUGCCUCUUCUAAUUGCACUCAGCUUACCGUCAACUGAGUACGGCAUACCACCUAUCGACCAACCAAGCGGUCGACCUACUUGCGAUUACUUGGCGAAUACUAAUACAUUCACUCUGUGGCAAGAUAUUCGCUUUUAAGCAUAAUAAAUAACUAUUUUGGAACAUUCUUUUUCACAACUAUCUUCAAGUUUGGUACCUGCGAAUUUUCUCAGUACUGCCACGCGUUUUUGGACAGCUUCUACAACUACGAGUUUGCGGAUUUAAUUUUUUUAGCCGAAUACAGGAUACAAUUUAGUUAAAGAUGGUCAAGGAGAAGCCUAAUUCUACACGAAUUUACGAUAAGGAUGGCUUUCGCCGUCGUGCCGCUUGCAUUUGUGUGCGUUCUGAUGCAGAAGCAGAGGUUCUGCUGGUAACCUCUUCGCGUCGCCCGGAAUUGUGGAUCGUGCCAGGCGGCGGUGUUGAACCCGAAGAAGAACCUUCGGUAACGGCUGUGCGUGAGGUGCUUGAAGAGGCCGGCGUUAUUGGUAAGCUUGGCCGCUGCUUGGGUGUGUUUGAGAAUCGUGAACAUAUGCAUCGCACCGAAGUGUUUGUAAUGACUGUCACCAAUGAGCUGGAAGAGUGGGAAGAUUCGCGUAGCAUUGGACGUAAACGUCAGUGGUUUUCAAUUGACGAUGCGCUCACUCAAUUGGCACUACACAAACCGACACAACGACACUAUUUAAUGCAAUUACGGCAUUCGAAGUAUAAUACGACCACUUCGAGCACACCGCCAGUCUCUCCCACAGAAACAUAAGGAUAAAUGAGAUACUGUCACACUCACACACAAGCGUAGAUGCAGUGCAACUACAUACGAUUACGUUGGCCGCGACACGUGGAUCGUAGACUUAAGCGACAAACACACACACAUACACACCCAUGCACACAUAUACAUAGAUAUAAAAUACAUUCAUAACAAGGUGCUUGCACGCCACCUAUCGCGCUGUUAGACAAACUGCAAAUCUUGAUUCACCAUAAUACACUUGGAGUACCAAUUCUUUGCGCGUUCGCACCCCAUUCACGACAAUAUACUAUAGAUUUACUUUUACAAAUGGAAACGUAUUCAAGCACACCUAUACACACACACACAUUAAUUAUGAAGUAAAGUGAAAUUAUAAUAUGCAAUAUCAUUUUAAGUUAAAUUUUGUUCGAAAUAGGCAGACGUCUAUAGACUUUUUUUUAAAUUAUGCUCCACAUCAAUAAGCCACGUUCAUUAAUAACAUUAAGAUCUUUUGUAAUGCUGUAAUAAAGUCUGUAAUGAUUAAGUUAAACAAAA